AUGGCAACUCCGUAUGUCCCAGUUCCUAUGCCCAUAGGAAACUCUGCUUCCAGUUUUACAACCAACAGAAAUCAAAGAAGUUCUUCUUUUGGCAGUAUCUCAACAAGCUCAAACUCUUCCAAAGGCCAGUUAGAAGACUCGAAUAUGGGUAAUUGUAAACAGACAAGUGUUCCUGAUCAAAUGGAUAGUACUUCAUCUGUCUGUAGCAGCCCCCUCAUUAGGACUAAAUUUACAGGUGCAGAUUCUUCCAUUGAGUAUUCUACUAGACCAAGAGAAACGGAGGAACAAAAUCCUGAAACAGUGAAUUGGGAAGAUAGACCAUCUACACCUACCAUACUGGGUUAUGAAGUGAUGGAAGAAAGAGCUAAAUUUACUGUAUAUAAAAUACUAGUAAAGAAAACCCCAGAAGAAAGCUGGGUAGUUUUCAGAAGAUACACUGACUUCUCUAGGCUUAAUGACAAAUUAAAAGAGAUGUUUCCAGGCUUUCGCUUAGCACUUCCACCAAAACGCUGGUUUAAAGACAAUUACAAUGCCGACUUUUUAGAAGAUAGACAAUUAGGAUUACAAGCAUUUCUUCAAAAUUUAAUAGCUCACAAGGACAUUGCUAACUGGGAUAUCACAUACUCACUUCAGGCACACUACGUUAUUACUGUAAUGAUUCUUAAGAAAAAGGACUUGCAUGUAGUUGCUUUCUGUGAAACUUUAGAAGAGACUAACUACCGUUUACAAAAAGAACUACUUGAAAAACAAAAAGAGGUAGAAUCACUGAAGAAACAACUCAAUGAGAAGCAACUUCAUAUAGACACUUUAGAGAACAGAAUCAGAACUCUUUCUCUAGAAUUAGCUGAUCUACCAGUCCAAGCCUCUAGUUCCUUUGGACAGCAGACACUGUUGAUUGGCUAA